AUGACUAGGCUCCACCACGCGGUACAAUCUGGUGAUUUGGGCUCGAUUCAAUCCUUGAUUCAAAGCGGCAUAAGUGUGAACUGCAGGGACGAACAUGGCCAGACCGCCUUGCACUAUGCUGCGCAAAGCGGCUUCAUCGAAUGCAUAGAACUUCUGACGCGUCACGGUGCGGAUUUGCGUUCUAUUGACAAUUCCGGGUUCUCGCCAUUGCUCUGGGCUGUGAUUGCCGGGCAAGAAAGCGCGACUAGGAAACUGUUCUUUACGGACGCAAGGGCCAGCUCGACCAGCGCCGACGGCAAAUCUGCGCUUGCUUGGGCAGCCAGUCUGGGAUCGUCCGCAAUUGUCAGAAUGCUCGUUGAACACCGCGCGAGCAUGGGCGUUGACCCUCGGACUGCGCAGCAGACUCUGCCUCUGGAAGAAGCGGCCGCUUCUGGUAACCUCGACAUCGUUGGAUUGCUUCUUGACCGCGGCGAGGAUGCGAACGGUCGUGAUCGCGAUGGCUGGUGUGCGAUACAUUGGGCAGCAGAAGAGGGCCAUUGUGGGAUUGUGGCUCUAUUGCUAACGCGCGGGGCCAAUCCUGAUGCCCUCAGCUCUUAUGGAACUUCACCCUUGCAUUGUGCGGCAAAUGGAGGACAUGGGUUCAUCGUGGACCUCCUGCUCAAGCAUGGAGCCGACCCACUCAAGUCGACGUGCCAUGGCUGGACCGCAUUGCACCACGCAGCUUUCAUGGGCCACUCUCACGUCAUGAAGUGUCUUUUGGAAGAUGCCCGCAUACGAUCCACUGCUUUUCAGCAAGACAAUCACGGCUGGGCCGUCACAAACCUUCGCCAAGCUGUUGCCAUAGGCAGUGUGCACAUGAUCAAGCUUUUGGUAAAUUUGGGCCACAAUAUCAAUGGCGUGGACUCGGGAAGAAGAACUGCGCUGUAUUACGCUGCGAAAAAGCGCAUGCUUUCUAUCGUGGAUCUGCUCCUUGACCUAGGUGCUGAUCCUAAUAUCCUCCCCAUCGGGCGACGGAUCUGGGAAGACUUCGUUUCGGGUGACGUUUUGCAACGACUCAAGCAAGCAGGAUACACGAGACGGGAGCCAGAUCCUGAGGUGGAUCACCAAAUUCGCCAGAUACUCAGAGUGCAGAGGCAGCGAUCUGAGUCUGAUCAACCAGACGGUUUCGCUCCGGAAGAAUCUGCAUCAUCAGUGCCGGAGUCGCUUUUUCCCCGCCGGCCUGAACUACGGUCUUCAUCUAGUCAAGCCUCAUCAGCGCCGUCUGCAAGUGAAACGACACGCCCCACAGCGCCUUCUGAUCAGCCGAAUGAUCAUAAGCGCAAGAAAAAACCGGGCCGAUCACCAUGGUGGAAACGGAUCGUAAACAGUAAAUAGCGAGCCCAGUUCUGGUAGGCAAGAAUGAAGCUCAACUUACACAGUGACUCCCACAAAGUAGUGGCGAUAACCCAUUGCAAUGGAGGAAAGGAGGCUUCACAUGUCUAUACCGUGAAUUUUCGAACAUCCUAGGAAUGAAAGCCUUCUCGAUUAGUUGCGCCAAGCAGAUGCAAAAUGGCAAAGCAAAAGGUAUGGUUACAAGCUAAGAUAUCCCUGGUAGAUUUCUGUGCAAAAUCUCAAGAACCAAGAAUGCGAUUCAUCACAUGCCCAACUUCUGGCACGGAAUGCAGAUGCUCUUCGACCCUUUGCCUCCAUGUGCCUCGAGGUGCGAUCAAUCCAUACUGCUUACCGAUGAUUAGGCAUUCCACGAAAGUCCUGCAGACUUGCUUCUGUGGUAGCCCUGGAGUCUCUCGUGCUAUCAACGCCGCUAUCUCCUCUGGUACGGCUUCGCCGAUCAGCCACUGGUCAGGGGUGGCAUUCUCUUGACAGAUGAUCAAGCAUGCUGCUGGUGGCACAUUGAGAAAGCGGUCCUGUCCCCUCUCGUUGGCUUGCUGGGCGAAGUGAAGAAUACUAGUCAGAAGAAGGCGUAAUCUGGCAGAGUCGCGACUUCUGCUGAUGAUGAGUAGCUCGUUCGCGCACGCCCGGUUCGCAUCGCUGGAUAACUCUAGCUCAUAGCUAGUACCGAUGUAUCCCUCGAAGAACUCUGCAACUACCCUGGAGAAAUAUUCAAUUGGCCCAGGAUGCUGUUUCUCGACCAUGGCGAAGUAGCCCGUUAUGAGUAAAGUCGUACGAAGGACGUUUUCUUCCCUGUCUCCACUACGGAUGCAGCCAUCGAAGUCGCUCAGAAACUCUCGGAUGCCGAAGUGGAAGUAUUCUAAUUCAUCCCUGUCACAGGCGAUGGCAGCCCAG